AUGGGAUGCCCGGCAGUGAUUUUCAUUCAAGAAGAGAUCGAUCGAUUUGAAGUUCCGUUUAGGUUUUCGCUCAUCGCCAAGUGUGCAUAUGGAAGGCCGUCCAUCUUCGAGGUGAAGGCAGGUAUUCAGUCCAUGUUCCACCUGGUUGCGGAUGUUGCAAUCUCCAGUUUGGAUCAACGCCCCCUGCUCCUUCGGUUCGUGGAUCAAUCGAAUUUUGUGAAGGUGUGGCUUAAGGAGCAGGUACAUAUCAGAGGCUUUCCCUUUAGAUUUUUCAAGUGGUCUAGGCACUUCAGGCCUGGCACCGAGUCCUCGAUCGUUCCGGUGUGGGUCUCGUUCCCAGGAUUGCUGGUGAACCUUUACCAAGGGAACUACUUGCGCUCGGUGGUGGGUGCAAUUGGGAAUGUCACCAGGGUAGAUGGGGCAACAGCAGGGUGCACGAGAACUGUUGCAACAAGGGUUUGUGUCGAACUGGACCUGAGUGAUCACCACCCGGAGAAAGUUUGGAUCGACUGUGGGGCAGAUGGGUUCUUCCAGAAGGUCAUCUAUGAACGUUUGCCUGCGUUUUGCACUACUUGUUCCAAGGUUGGUCACUUCGCGGAGAAUUAUAGGAGAACGCAGGGGAGGGGUGCUGCCUCGGGUUUGGAUCGUGCAAAGGGUAGGGGCGACAACACAGAGGUGAAGCAGAGUGGCGGCAAUGGAGGUGUGAACCCGGGGGCGGUGGAGCAAGUUGCUGGGCAGGCAUCGGGGGAAGCAGUGGUUUGUGAUGUAGGGGCAAGAGAAGUGAACAGAGCACUGGUGGCUCACUCCAGUGUUUUCACUAGGUUGCAAACCGAUCUGGGAGCGCAUGGUAACCAGGCAGUGGUGGUACGGGACGAGGUAGCUUGUGCGCAGGAUCAUGGUGCGGCUGUUGGGGGGUUUCCCUAG